AUGCAGUACGAUGCCACGGCCGAAUGCCAAGCCUUUCGCGGCCAACACAGAGCGGAUACGAUCUUUGUCGUUACAAUGGCAGCGCGCAUCAUUCAGAUGCAGUCAGGUUUUGCUAUGCUCGAGUCUGCAUACCAACAGCCAAACAAUUCGGCAAACAUCAUGAUGAAGAACAUGCUGGAUCUUUGUAUCGGUGUGUUGGCGUUUUGGAUCUUUGGCUACUACAUUGCCUACCACGCUACACAUCAGCUCACAGGCUUGGCAGAUGCGGGUGUCGACCUGGCACACUGGUUUUGCUGCUUUUCCUAUGCGACGACGGCCGCCACCAUCAAUAGUGGGGCCUUGGCGGGCCGAGUCGCUUUCUUCCCCUAUCUAUUCCUAUCAGCAGUGAUGACCGGUGUCCUUUACCCGAUUUGUGCACAUUUGUCGUGGGGCAAUGGCUGGCUGCAGCAGAUGGGUUUUGUCGACUUUGCAGGCUCCGUGGUGGUUCACCAGGUGGGCGCGGUGAGCGCUUUGGUCUCCACCUGCAUCUUAGGGCCACGCAUUGGUCGCUUCAAGAACUAUCGUGCCUGGAAGGGUAUUUGGGCCGUCUUCUUUUUCGAAACACAUGAUGAUGCUUAUUACCGAGAACCGGAGGAUCCAGCGGAGCUGAAGGUCUUCAUUCCUUUCCGGAAAUGCCGGCAUCCGGUCCAGCUUCUAUUCGGAACUUUCCUCCUGCUCGUGGGCUUUUUGGCCUUCAACCCAGCAUCAACCUUCGCUACCACGCUGGGGGCUGACUUAGUCGUUGCACAUAGCUCUGCCACGACGCUCUUGGCGGCCGCUGGUGGUGGAGUUGGAGGCAUGCUGUUUUCGAUGCUCUACACAAGAUCAACGGUGGUUCGUGUCCCCGAACUGACCAACGCGGUCAUUGGGAGCCUUGUAGCGUCCUGCGCACCCGCAGCGGUGAUGCCGUUGUCAGUCUCUCCCCUCGUAGGAUUUGUAGCGGCGAUUCUCACCCUUGGCUUUGAGGAGAUCCUUUCAUAUUUUCAAAUUGACGAUGCAGUGGGGGCAGUAGCAGCCCAUGGCCCGAGUGGAGCUUGGGGAGCCAUUGCGGUGGCGCUAUUUGCCGACAAACACUGCGCAAAUCCUGAGGUUGUUGGCCUAGUGUUUGGUGGUGGUGAAGCAGCCUGGCAAUUGAUGGGAAUUCAGCUUCUAGGAAUGGUCGUCCUGUGCGGCAUCUCAAUUGGCAUCACCUAUGUCUCGGUGCUGGUCAUCGACAUGGUGGCGGGCUUCCGGUGCACCCGCGCAUGUGAGCUAAUUGGGCUGGACGUUUGGGAGCAUCAGCUGCUUGUUGCAAAGAAGGGACUGAAGAAUCACCAAGUGAAAGCUUCACGUAUCGCUCCCAAUCAGGUCCAGACACAUGAAGCUUCAAAAAGGGAAGAAAAACAAGUCUCAAGGUCUAAUGAAAAGAAACAACAAAAGACAAAGAGAACAAAGAGCAGCAAAGAGAAGGUGCGAGCAAGUAGAGGACAACGAUACAUGUUUUUUCUUGAUUUCCAGAUGCAAAGCAUUCUUGUGAGGAGUGGGCCAUUGAGUUCAUGA